AUGGCUGGACAAAUAUCAGAAUCUGCUCGGAUCAAGAAGUUCAAAGAGUUUCUCAGGACAUAAAAUACCAUUACAGAAAGCUUCCUGGAUUGCAUAAAAGAUUUCACUAACAGAGAGGUUAAACCAGGAAAGAUGACUUGCUCAGACCACUGCCUGCAGAACUAUUUAAAAAAUAUACAAAAGAUCACCAUGAGAUUUCAGGAAUGCCAUAUUCAUCAGAACAAAGCUCUGGCAGCUAAAGCAGGACUGUUUGUCCAGCUCUUCUCACCUUGGGGUAUGGGAAUGGGAAAGAAUGUCAGAAAGGGGAAAAGAUCCCUUAAAAGAGAGUUUCUGCUCCAGACACUGCCUCAUCAAACUGCAACCUAA